AAAUUUGCUUAAUUUUAGGUGUACUAAUUUGAUUAGAUAUAGCCAGUAGAAACUUCCUGAUUCUAUAAUUAAUUUUUUUUUAAUUAUAAUUCAUGGAUUGCCCUUUACCACAUUGUUUCGAUUAACUGCUUGUAUAAAGUUAAUGACUACAGGUUACUGCUUGUAUAAAGUUAAUGACUACAGGGUCGAGAGCUACUUUUUAGUCCAGAAAAAGGGGAAAAAUGAACAUGAAGAGGCUUCUCAGAUUAAAAUGGAUGCAGUUUUGUAAUCUAAUAAAGUUUUCUCAGCCCACUCCUCAGACAACUUUGCGGGAUAAAGCAAUAGCAGUGGCCGGUAGGGUUACUAUAAAGAAAGACGGAGAACAUUCGAUGGUUUUUUGUCCUGUGUGUUUGGAUGUAAUUCGGACGCCCCUUGAUUCUGAUAUGAAGAUGACACUGGCUGUGCACUUGAGUUUAUGGCACCCAGACGACGUUAAGUUGCAGUGGGAAGUUAUGCAGAACAAAAAACAAUCGAAUCUUCAUCUGCCUUCCAUUGUUCUUGGAGUUGGAAUUGCUGCUGGGAUCGGAGCUCUUUUGUUUCUUUCGACAAAAAAUCAUUCCCGGCGUUUACCUGUUAAAGGGGGGAGGUAGCAUAUAUUAAAGUUGAGAUAUAAUGCUGAUUGAAAUGACAUUACUUGACAAGAUUUAGAAAUAUUUUAUGGGCUGUUUCUUAAUCAAGGAGAUUUUAGCUGAAAUUGAUUCGAUAGGUAAACAAAUUCAAUCGGUACUAGACUACAAAAGUGGGGAAAGGAUUAUAGAUGGUGUUGUUCUGCUAUGAAACUGGUGUACUUUGACUUUGGUGUUAAUACAUUAACUAUAUUUGUUUUCUACUCAUUUUCCUUGAUAUAAUUGGUCAUGUUGAAAUUUCUAUUGUUGCUUGUUCGUAUUAAAGAUGGUGGGGCUUUGCUGUUUUGUUCAUAUGUAGCUGUAAUUUCUAUAUAUUCUCAAGUAGAAUAAAUCUAUUGACAUUCCCUUCAAAAUUAGAUAGGAUAAGUUUCAGUGUCAAAUUGAUCUGGGAGGGAUGCUCUUACAAUGAUCAGUGCAAAGAUUAUACCUUAAAAGUGUCCAGAAUUAUACUGGUUACGUUGGCAGAGGAUGGUGUGGGUCGACAUGAUGUGUAAUUUCUCUUUGUUGCAUUCCACAUCAUUAAGUGUAACUCGUUACUACUUGGGCACCAUCUCCUUUUAGUUUUAACCAUUGGUAUUAGAGAAGUGACCCUUCUGGAUAUAACCCUUGUUGUUGAUGGGUGAUGUGAUAGAAGAUUGGUUAUGUAAAUUUACCUAGAUAGGAAUAUGACUAUCGUGGGUGUCUGUUCUUGAAAAGAAGAGUGGACUGUACUUGCUCUAAUUGUGUCUCACAUCGUUAAGACUUAUAGAAUUAUAACUACUUUGGUGUCCUUCUAUUACAAGUUGGUUUUACCAGUGUGUUUUAGCCAGAGUGUAAACACGAAAAUCCACUUCAGUUUGCUACUAUUUUGAUGAAACUAUUUGCACUCAGUCUCAAACGUUUCUAGAUUGAACCAUUCUGUGAUUAGUGAUAUUAUAUUAACUGAUAGUCGCUGCUUUUGCAGUGGAAUUUCUUAGAAUUUCAUUUUUGUUCAAAAUUAUGCAUGACAUCUCCCCGCGCCUCAUGGCCUUUGUUGUGCGUGUUCAUUUUGUAUGAGCUUUUAGUUUCAUGUUGGACGUUUUUGAUGGGGAAGAACUUAUUGAAUCUAUCGGCUAGAAAGGAGUGAACAUACUUAAAACAGAAAGUAAUUGAAUCACCCCUAAAAUUUAGAAGUUUGUUAGGCCUACGCAGAGAGGAUUAAGGAGUGAAGAAGAUUGUGAUUAUCAAGAAAGAUUAGGUUCCUUUCUUUGAAUGCAAACUAUAAAUAGACGGGUUCAUCUAUUCCUUUGGUUUUAUGUAUUUUUCAUUAUGAAUCAAAGCUCAAAAAGCUCAAAUGAAAAUUAUGGGCACAUUUUGGUUGUGUCCUGCCCUUUGCAAGGUCAUGCAGCACCUCUUAUUAAACUGUCUCACCAAAUGAUCAAAUUUGGUAGCAAAGUUACAUUUCUUACGACGGAAUUUUUGCAUGCUCGACUGGCUGAAGCAACAGCCAAUUCUGAAAUAAGGCUACUGUCCAUUCCUGAUGGGCUUGAACUUGAAGAUGAUAGAAAAGAUCAAAAGAAACUGCAUCAAAGUAUUGAAAAAGUUGUGCCUCCUUAUUUGGAGGAUUUGCUCAAGGAAAGUUUUAAUCAGCAGAAUAAUGACAAGAUAAGUGGUAUCAUAAUUGAUUCACCAUUGGCUUGGAUGUUGGAGAUCCCAAAGAAGAUGGGGAUAAAGACUGCAAUUUAUUGGUGUUCAACUCCAGGAUGCUUGGCUCUAGGAUUAAUGAUUCCACACCUUCUUCAGUUGAAAAUUAUCGAUGAUGAUGGGACUUCAUUGAAGAAUGAGAAGAUCCAACUGCUGCCAAACAUGCCAGCCAUUACCAUGUCUGAAUUUACUUGGUACUUUCCAGGAGACAAAAACAUACAAAAAUCGUUGUUCCACGUUAUUAAAGGCGUAUUUUCGCACCUGAAGAGUUCUGACUGGAUCAUUUGCAACUGGUUCCACGAGCUCGACCCUUCAGCCGGUAGUCUGGCAUCUAAUAUUUUGUCUGUUGGUCCGUUACUUGCCAAUGGGCAAUCAGCCGGAAGUUUUUGUAUCGAAGACUCUAGUUGCUUAACCUGGCUUGACAAACAGUCUCCAAACUCAGUAAUUUAUGUUGCAUUUGGCAGCACAUCAAGGUUCAGCCAGGUACAACUUAAUGAACUAGCAAUGGGACUCGAACUCAUGGGCCGGCCAUUUUUAUGGGUGGCUUGGUCAGGCUUGUGUGACGGACCAUUUCCUGCUUACUCAGACGAGUUCUCAGCAAGAGUGGCCAAUCGAGGGAAAAUGGUCGAGUGGGCCCCCCAAGAAUUGGUGUUAUGUCACCCUUCCAUUGCGUGUUUUGUAACGCAUUGUGGUUGGAGUUCGUUCAUGGAGAGCCUAAGCAUGGGCGUGCCUUUACUCUGUUGGCCGUAUUUUGGAGAUCAGAUGUAUACGCAGAGUUGUAUUUGUGAGGCUUGGAAGGUUGGUACGUCGUUGGAAGUGGACGAAAUUGGGGUAAUAUCGAGGUCCGAAAUUAAGCACAAGGUAGAAAAACUUAUUUCUGAUGAGAUUGUAAGGGAAAAUGUGAUUAGGCUGAAGGAAAUGGCUAGAAAAAGCAUCAGUAAAGGAGGCAAUUCUUGGAGUAACUUGGAAUAUUUAGUACAACAGAUGAAGUGAUUGAAUACAAUGUAUGCUAAUCUCAAUUCAAUUUCAGACCAAGAUUAUCGUGUAACAUUUCUGGUUCAAGUAAAAAAAAACUUUCUAAUUUAUUAUUAUUAUUAUUAUUAUUAUUAUUAUUAUUAUUAUUAUUA